AUGAAACACACCAUUCUUUCUGCACCAAACCUCUCCCUGUUCCAAAAACAUCAGAAUCUUCUCCGAGUGUCAAAACGCCGCCUCACAAACACAAGCACUAGUUCUAUGCUAGGAGCUCCCAUUCAUCGUUCAAUUAGUGACUACUUUUAUGUGGAAAUGAAGAUUGGUACACCUCCAGUGAAAGUCAAUUUGGCUUUGGAUACGGGUAGCACUACCCCAUGGGCUCAAUGUGCACAGUGCCAAUUGUGUUUUCCUGUCUCGGUCCCAGUUUUCGAUCCCAUGAGGUCAACAACGUAUCAAAGAAUGCCUAACAAUCACCCUCUUUGUGUUCCUCCUUAUGCUGCUCCUUCUGGCCGUUACUGCUUUUAUGGGAUAAUGUACGCUGAAGGAGAAAAGACAACAGGCAGAUUGGGAAUAGACAGUUACUUUCGAGUCGAAAGAUGGGAGGCAGCAUUUGGUUGUUGA